GUCACUAACCGUAUCGUAUGUAAAGAAGUCGACUUCUUCCUGAAGCAAAAGAAAGAUGGCGGCUACCGUGAAGAAGACAGUUGCAGUUGAAGAUGUCAAUGUCACAUUUGAAGACCAGAAGAAGAUUAAUACAUUUGCCAGAAACACAAAUCGAAUGACAGAAUUUAAAGAUGAAAUAGAAGGAAAAAAGAAAUCUCUACAGAAUCUGCAGGAUGCCAGUGAUGACCUGAUGAUGGCUGAGGAUGACACUCUGCUUGUCCCGUAUCAGAUUGGAGAUGUCUUCAUCAGUCACACCCAUGAAGAGACCCAAGAGAUGUUGGAAGCUGCAAAGGAACUACUGCAGCAGGAGAUUAAAGACCUAGAAGGGAAGGUGUCAAAUAUACAACAUUUGUUGGGUGAUCUGAAGGUCCAGCUCUAUGCCAAGUUUGGGAACAACAUCAACCUGGAAGCAGAUGAAAGCUGAGUGCUUAGCCCGGUCCUAGAUCUGUUUGUGCUGUUUAGUAUGACAAUUAAUCAAUGAUUAUAGUUGUUAAGAUGCCAUAAACAGAUCUGGGAUCAGGAUACGUGGGCAACUAUCUCUUUACAUAUGGAGUUUUCAAGCAGCUUGCAUAUUUUCCGAUCCACACAGUGCUGACAGGAUGCUUGCCAAACCAACAUGUUUGUCCUCUUCUCAGCAUCACACUUUUUUUCAAUGGUGCAUGGUCUUAUUUAUGGUUUUAUUUUGUUCAGUCUUAUUUUGUAUGAAUGUCGGUGAAUGUACCACUUGAUUUUUUUUGUGUGUGUGUGUACUUGCACUGGGUCUCAGUAAUAUAUGGACCUAUGGACUGACACCUGAAGAUGUCUUUAUACACCAGAUGACCAUAAAGGAAACAACCUAAGGAUUUACCUUUGUAGUGCUUGGAGAUGGAGAAAAUGUGGAGUUUAAUGUGGUUAAAGAAAAUAAGUGAGCAGAGGCAGCCAAUGUCACUGGUGCAGGGAGUGUCACAGUUCAGGGGAGCAAGUACGCCGCUGACAGGAACCGCUACAUGUCCUUUUACCAUAAUGAGAAAAAUCAGUCCACGGGCCUAUAUUACUGAAUCCCAGUGCAAGUACUAAACAAGUAAAGCCACUUAAACCAGUCUUUAUAAAGUAAAGAGGGUAACGUAUUCCUUGUGGAUUUUUUUUGUACGUUUACGAGUUGGUUAUGGAACAGAAAUGAAUACUAUUGUAUUCAGAUUCAACUGAUUUAAGACCAAAACAUGUAGGCUACUGUGUGUGUGUAUAUCCCAAAGUGUAUCUUAAAGGUGCAAUCUGUAGUUUAAUUUUUUGUCAAAAAUACCUAGCAGGACUGAAAAAAUGAGUUUUUUUUGGUACACUGAUCAUCUUAAAUAGAACCAAGUUUAUUUGUGUGUUUGUUUUUCGAUUGUUUAUGUAUUUAGCCAGUGUGGACAUCCUAUAAAGAAAGUUCUGACAAUU